AUGUCCACUUUAUUAAAGUCUGCCAAAUCUAUCGUCCCAUUGUUGGACCGUGUUUUAGUUCAAAGAAUCAAAGCUGAAGCAAAGACUGCUUCUGGUCUUUACUUACCUGAAAAGAAUGUCGCUAAAUUGAACCAAGCUACCGUUCUUGCUGUUGGUCCAGGUUUCACCGAUGCUAAUGGUAAUAAAGUGGUUCCACAAAUUAAACCAGGUGACCAAGUCUUGAUCCCUCAAUUUGGUGGGUCUACCAUCAAAUUAUCUGAUCAAGAAAACGAUGAAGUUAUCUUAUUCAGAGAUUCUGAAAUCUUAGCUAAGAUCCAAGAAUGA